AUGACGUUUGUUGAUAGAAAUUCUGGUAUUGCUGCUUCGAUUUUCCUUGUCCUUUAUGUGAUAUAUCUUUCAUUGACAAUCAAAAUUGUGUCCGAAAAGGGGUUCAGAUCAAUCUAUACUUCGCUUUUAGUAUACGGGGUUUUCCGAGUAUGUGGUCAAAUGUGUGGGGUGGUGUUUUCGGCAUUGGGCUAUGAACAUUGGCAAUGGUUAAUCGCGUACCUUGUAUUUAGUGCUGAAGGUUACUUUGUGUUGGUGCUUUGUUCUUUCCAUUUGAUUGCCAAUGCACAACUUUACCAAUUUGGUCAAUCUUGGUUUAGACCAAGUAAAGAACAAAAGAAACAGAACUUAGCUCGUGCCACUACGAUCAGAGAGAAAUUACGUGCACGAUUCCCCUUGGCUAGUGUGUUUCAUAUAUUAUUGAUCCCGGCCAAUGCUCUUGUAAUUAGUGGUGGGUCUACUUUAGCUGGCCAGGAUCCUUCAAACCCUGAUCCAAACAAGAUCAUAACUGCCAAGGCAUUAAGAACCACUGGUCAGGUAAUGUUCCUUUCCCUUACUUUAAUUGCAAUCUUGUUGGCUAUUUAUGUUUACUACAAAGAAGGAGUAAGACACUGUAAUAUUUACAGUAUCUUUAUAGUAGCACCAUUCAUCACCAUCAGAGGGAUCUUUGGAGUAAUUUCUAUUUUCAUUACGAAGAUGAAUUAUUACGACAUGUCAAAUUAUACUGCGAAUGGGUUAAGUGCUCAGUUUGUAACAUAUGAAUAUGUAUUGGCUACCACGAUGGAGUUUAUAACUGCUUGUGUUUAUGUGGGUAAUUACUUUAUUGAUAGACAAAGACAGACAAUUCCAGUUAGUAACGAGUUUGAUGAUGUGUUUGAAGAUAAACUUCCCAGUAAAGUUGAUCAGGAUUCAGUUUAA